AUGUCUGAACCCACAAUUACUAAAACAAUCACUGUCUUACCAGGUGACCAUGUUGGUACCGAAAUAUGUAACGAGGCAAUCAAAGUUCUCAAAGCAAUUGAAGAAUCAACCCCCUAUCAAAAAAUCCAUUUCGAUUUCAAACAUCACCUAAUUGGAGGUGCCGCCAUCGAUGCCACUGGCUCACCACUUCCCGACGAAGCGUUAGAACUGGCUAAAAAAUCCGAUGCUGUCUUAUUGGGAGCCGUCGGUGGUCCCAAAUGGGGUACUGGCGCCGUGCGUCCGGAACAAGGAUUAUUAAAGAUUCGUAAAGAAUUGAAUCUUUAUGCCAAUAUUCGUCCUUGUAAUUUCGCUAGUGAAUCACUUUUGGAAUUGAGUCCGUUACGUCCUGAUAUUGUACGUGGUACCAAUUUAAUCAUUGUUCGUGAAUUGGUGGGUGGAAUAUAUUUUGGUGAACGUCAAGAACAAGGUGAAAGCAGCGAUGGUGAAACAGCAUGGGACACGGAGAAAUACACUGUGGCUGAAGUCGCAAGAAUUACUCGUAUGGCUGCAUUUAUGGCAUUGCAACAUAAUCCACCUUUGCCCAUUUGGUCUUUGGAUAAAGCUAAUGUCUUGGCAUCAUCAAGAUUAUGGAGGUCAACAGUAGAUAAAGUCAUAUCUACCGAAUUUCCCCAAUUGAAGGUGCAGCAUCAAUUGAUUGAUUCAGCAGCUAUGAUUUUGAUUCAGAAUCCAACUAAAUUAAACGGUAUCAUAAUCACAUCAAACAUGUUUGGUGAUAUCAUUUCCGAUGAAGCUAGUGUUAUCCCUGGUUCGUUGGGUCUUUUACCUAGUGCUUCAUUGGCUUCCUUACCUGAUACAAAUAAGGCAUUUGGUCUUUAUGAACCAUGCCAUGGAUCAGCGCCCGAUUUGGCGGAGAAUAAAGUUAAUCCAAUUGCCACCAUCUUGUCAGCUAGUUCAAUGUUGAGAUUGAGUUUGGAUUGUGUUAAAGAGGCUGAGGCGUUGGAAGAGGCGGUGAAACAGGUUUUGGAUAGCGGCAUUAGAACUGGUGAUUUGAAAGGAAAUAAUAGCACUACUGAAGUUGGUGAUGCUGUUGCUGAAACUGUAAAAAAGAUUUUACAAUCGAAAGCUUAA